CCCAAACUCUCCAACAAACACACAGAGAAAGUUUCGUGGUGGUGUCUCCAAUGGCUUUCUCAGCGACUCUGUCUCAGCUUUCUUCUCUUUCUACAAUCUCCUCUUCACUGCCAUUUUCAUCUGGAAGACUCUAUCUUCGAUCUCAGUCUCAGUUCAGAAUCAAAGCAGAGGCAGAGAAUGAGAAACAGAGCACACAGGCUAAAGCCGAUGGGGAAGCUUCCCCAGCUUCAACCAAAGCCCCUAAAACUCUUCCCAAGAAACCGGUUUACUCGAUGAAGAAGGGACAAAUCGUUCGUGUAGACAAGGAGAAGUACCUCAACAGCAUCAACUACUUAUCAGUUGGUCAUCCUCCUUUCUACAAAGGACUAGAUUACAUCUACGAAGAUCGCGGCGAGGUCCUGGACCUUCGUGUCUUUGAGACAGGAGAGUAUGCACUUGUUGGAUGGGUUGGUAUCCCAACCGCACCGGCUUGGCUACCAACAGAUAUGCUUAUCAAGUCUGAGAAACUGGUUUACGAGCGACUAUAGAGACUCCACAAGAAGAACCCUGCGGUUAAGGUGAGAUGAAUGACAACAGUGAACCACCAUAAUCAUAUCUUCAAGACUUUGACAAAAGUAUCAUAUUGUUACCAUAGUCAAAAAAAAACCUUUGUGUAAUGUAAAGAAUGUGAUGAGACUGAAUCUUACAAUAAAAAUUCCAGCUUCCUUAGUUACAUUACC